CUUGCUAUUAUAGUGAUCAAAUGGACACAGAUAAUAGCAUUUAAAUCUUCAGUCUUAUUUCGUUAUAAUUACUAUAGUAAAUGUUUGAGUUAAGCAUUUUAGAGCUAACUUCUUGUCUGUUGCACAGGAGGCCUACAAAAGCUGCUCUGGCUGCUGUUUCUGAACAUCUAGCUGGAGUGCUCCCACUUCAUCUAGUUUACAGUCAAGUCCAUGAAACUGCAAUCGAGGACUGGACACGGUCAGUGGGUUGUAACCCCGUUUUCUGUUACAUCUGGAGGUUCACAUGUUUCCCAAUUCAGUCUGAUACCAUUGCUAGGAGCUAUAUACUCACAACUCUUGAGGAGUCAAUACAACUUGUGAAUUCAGCAAUCAAUCUUCUUCUGAUGGAGCGCACAUCAGAACAUACUUUCAAGGCUCUUCCUAUCCAGGAGCGUGAGUUGCUGAACAAAUUUCAAGCGUUACAGGAGAACUACGUUAUGGCUGAUGCCUUGAGACUGCUUUACACUCUAGAGGACACAACAAAAGGAUUUGCUGAUUAUGUGAAUGGGACUGUUGCGAGUCUCCAUCCAAUUCACUGCACCAGGCAGAGGAAAGUAUUCCUGCGUUUUUUGUUGUUGGCCUCUUGCACUCUGGUUGUAUUAAAGCCGAGGAGACCAAAGCCAAAGAUCAACUGA